CCAAAGGGCCCGGCCUUGUUUUGGCCGCCGCCGCUCGGCCGCCCGCGCGGCGCUGCACUGGGGGCGGGGAGUCUGAUGGGAGACGCGCGCGGCGCUGAGGAGGCAGCGGCCCGGGAGAGGGAGCGGGAGAGGGACUGGGCGCGGGAGGCGGGAGGCGGGGGACAGGGGGAGGCGCCGCCGCCGCCGCCGCCGCCCGCCCCUUUCCGCUGGGGAGCAGCUGCCGCAGCAGGAGCGGAGCAGGAGCCGCGCAGCCGCCGCCGCCGCCGCCGUGGGAUGUGGCCGGCGCCCGCGCCCAGCCCCGCUGCCUCCUGAGUCCCCGCCGCCGUCCGAGCCGCCGCCGCCGCCGAGCCGUGCGGGGCCAGGCCGCGCCCUCCCCGGGCGCCCGCCGGCUCGCAUGCCGAGGGGCUCCGGGGCGUAGCUGCGCGCCCGGCGCCGCCUCCGGGCUCCCCCGGCCCCGCCAUGGGCUGCUGCAACUCCGCCUCCUCCGCCGCGCAGAGCUCCAAACGAGAAUGGAAGCCCCUGGAGGAUCGUAGCUGCACAGACCUACCAUGGCUGCUGAUUUUUCUCCUCUUCUGCAUUGGGAUGGGAUUUAUUUGUGGCUUUUCAGUAGCAACAGGUGCAGCAGCAAGACUAGUGUCAGGAUACGACAGCUAUGGAAAUAUCUGUGGGCAGAAAAAUGCAGAGUUGGAAUCAAUACCAUACAGUGGCAUGGACCACACCCAUCGGAAGUAUGUGUUCUUUUUGGAUCCGUGCAAUCUGGACUUGAUCAACCGGAAGAUCAAGUCUGAAGCACUGUGUGUAGCAGCAUGUCCAAGACAAGAGCUGAAAACCCUGAGUGACGUUCAGAAGUUUGCAGAGAUGAAUGGCUCAGCACUAUGUCACUACAAACUAAAGCCUUCUGAAUAUACAUCUGCAAAAGCAUCUUCUCUGUGCCCCAAAUUACCAGUUCCAGCGAGUGCACCUAUUCCAUUCUUCCAUCGCUGUGCUCCUGUGAACAUUUCCUGCUAUGCCAAGUUUGCAGAGGCCCUGAUCACCUUUGUCAGUGACAAUAGUGUCUUACACAGGCUGAUUAGUGGAGUAAUGGCCAGCAAAGAAAUUAUAUUGGGACUUUGCUUGUUAUCACUAGUUCUAUCCAUGAUUUUGAUGGUGAUAAUCAGGUAUAUAUCAAGAGUACUUGUGUGGAUCGUGACAAUUCUGGUCAUACUGGGGUCACUUGGUGGCACAGGUGUACUAUGGUGGCUAUAUGCAAAACAAAGGAAGUCUCCCAAAGAAACAAUUAUUCCUGAGCAGCUUCAGAUAGCUGAAGACAAUCUUCGGGCCCUCCUCAUCUAUGCCAUUUCAGCUACCGUGUUCACGGUUAUCUUGUUCCUGAUCAUGUUGUUUAUGCGCAAGCGCAUUGCUCUCACUAUCGCCUUGUUCCACGUGGCAGGCAAGGUCUUCAUUCACUUGCCACUGCUAGUCUUCCAACCCUUUUGGACUUUCUUUGCCCUUGUCCUGUUUUGGGCGUACUGGAUCAUGACACUUCUUUUUCUUGGCACUACUGGCAGCGCUGUGAAGAAUGACCGAGGCUUUGUGGAGUUCAAGGUCUCUGGGCCUCUGCAGUACAUGUGGUGGUACCAUGUGGUGGGCCUGAUUUGGAUCAGUGAAUUCAUUCUUGCCUGUCAGCAGAUGACUGUGGCUGGAGCGGUGGUGACAUACUAUUUUACUAGGGAUAAGAGGAAUUUGCCAUUUACACCUAUUUUGGCAUCAGUGAAUCGCCUUGUCCGUUAUCACCUUGGUACUGUGGCCAAAGGAUCUUUCAUCAUCACAUUAGUCAAGAUUCCACGAAUGAUCCUUAUGUACAUUCACAGUCAGCUGAAAGGAAAGGAAAAUGCCUGUGCUCGAUGUGUGUUGAAGUCUUGCAUUUGUUGCCUUUGGUGUCUUGAAAAGUGCCUCAAUUAUUUAAAUCAGAAUGCAUACACAGCCACAGCUAUCAACAGCACCAACUUCUGCACCUCAGCGAAGGACGCCUUUGUCAUUCUCGUGGAGAAUGCUUUGCGAGUGGCUGCCAUCAACACAGUAGGGGAUUUCAUGUUAUUCCUAGGCAAGGUGCUGAUAGUCUGCAGCACGGGCUUGGCUGGGAUCAUGCUGCUCAACUACCAGCAAGAUUACACAGUCUGGGUGCUGCCUCUGAUCAUCGUCUGCCUCUUUGCUUUCCUGGUCGCUCAUUGCUUCCUGUCCAUUUAUGAAAUGGUAGUGGAUGUGUUAUUCUUGUGUUUUGCCAUUGAUACAAAAUACAAUGAUGGGAGCCCUGGCAGAGAAUUCUAUAUGGAUAAAGUACUGAUGGAGUUUGUGGAAAACAGUAGGAAAGCAAUGAAGGAAGCUGGUAAGGGAGGCGCUGCUGAUGCCAGAGAGCUGAAACCGAUGGCCUCGGGAGCAAGUUCCGCUUGAACCUAGCCGACCUUUACGGAACCCAUUGACAUUCCAAACCAAUAUAUACACAUAACUAUAUGUGUGUGUGUGUGUGUGUGGGUGUGGGUGUGUGUGUGUGUGUGGGUGUGUGUAUAUGUAUAUGUAUGUGUGUAUGUAUAUGUAUACACACACACACACAUAAUCAGCCAAAAUCAGAGAAAAGGAACAGGGAUUUAAUACCUUUUUUAUGAUUAUUUUUGUCGAACAUGUACUCCUUUCAUACGGGUGGCUUUUACAAGGCAACUGCCGUCAUUUAAUGUUUUCAAUUGUAAUUGUCUUAAUGGAAAUGUUAAGAUUCAUAUCUGAUUAACAUUUUUAAUAACUUAGAGGAGAUUUUAACUUUAGUUAUUUAAAUUAGAUAAAAUUAUUGUCCCGAAUUCUCUGUCUAAAGUUUAUUCAGGGGUGAUUUCCCUGACAAGUGCAUAAAAUCAAGAUCUUAUUUUCCUGAUGAACAAGUCCUAGUGGGACCAGACUAGGCGUAUGCUUUCCGAGAAAUAAGGAAUUAUUCCAGUUUUCCCCAAUCAAAGAAGCCAUGUCAUUUUACUUUGAGAAACACAUAAGAGGACCCGCUAUGGGAAGUUUCAUAAUCGCUCAUGCAUUUGUCAGCCAACAUUAAAAAGUAACCAACUCCUCAGGUAUUUGUAGUUUACCCUAAUGCUUCUAUAGGAGAGUAGGUAAAAAAGAAAAGGGUAGAUGAUCUUUCUUAUGCAAACUUUUUUCUUAUGGUUUGUCUUUUUUUUUUUUUUACUUUAAUAGCAUCUUUCACACAUUUUGUGCCUAAUUUGAGAGGAAGCUGGAGCACCCAAUGAGUUUAUGUAGCCUCCAAAUUUCUGUGUAUUGAUUUGCAGAUUAAGUAAUGCUGGGGGGGAUAAAGAAGGGAGAGAAACACUGAACACAAAAUUGACCAUUCCAAUGGUUUAGGGCUAAAUAGGCAUUUUAUUCAAAUGCUAUAAACUUGGAAAACAGAUUGGAGGGUGCUCCUCUCCUUGGCAAUUCAUGAAGCAUCCAGAAUUCUACAAUGUUUAACUGAAGAAUUGGUUAAUGUUCUGAUCCUCAAGUGUUGAACGUUUUUGUUUGUUUGUUUGUUUGUUUGGGGCUGAGUUAUGGGGUUCUGUUUGUUGGUUUGUUUGUUUGAUUUUUCUAUUCCUGAAGCUUACCAGAUAUGAAUGGCUAAUAUUCCAUUGUUCUGCUUAUUGUAAUGGUGAAUGCUUUAAGAAGAAAAAAAGUGUAAUUUGCUAAGAAUAAUUCAUGAUCUGUUUAUGCGAUAACUCCUUUUUGUUACAAUUUUUUUAAUAAAAGCUAUUUUUGUUAAUGUAAAGUAAAUAUUUCAGAGCAAAUUUUUUAAACUUAUUGCACUAAAUACAGGCUCUGUACAGAAAAAGAAAAGCCUCAGCAUUUUAUCAUUCCAUGGAAGGAGAAUCUUUUGAAAGAAAGCAUUAUCUCCUACCAGAAUUAGACAGUGAAUUGGACCGGUAUUAUGGAAAUGCAUACAAUUAAUGUCAGUAGGGAUUAAUAAGCAGCUGUUUGCUAAUGUGCUUCCUUUCAAAGGGUUGGACCUUUAAAUUGCUGCAAAAGGUAAAUUUUAUUUUUUCCUUUUAAGUAUCUGUGUUCUUUAGCUAGGCUAAAAUUUGCUAAAAUGCCUUGGUUUCUUUUCAAAGCUCAUGUAAUAUUUCUGAUUUUUCAGAAUAUUUGCAAUAAGAAUCAGAAAUUUUAUUAAAAAAGAAAACACACAGUUAGGAGCUCAUGUCUUGGCAAGAUCUGGGAAACCAGCAUUGUGAGACUCGCUAUUUUGAAACAGUAAUUCUCCAGAAGUUAACAUCUAACAUUGACAAACUGUAUCAUUGUACUAUUUUAUAUCAGCAAAAAGGAAUAAAUAUAAUUAUGUAACUAACAAAAAAUUAUCCAAAUAGGUGAGAGAGCAAAUCAUCUAAGAAAAUUCAGAAUACCUUCUGUUUCGUAGCCACACAGAUUUGGGACAUUAAGGAACAUUGGGAGCUAAAUUUAUGAUUGGCAAAAAUCUGGAAGAUGGGUAUCAAAACAGAAGACAUUUGAGGAGCUAGCUAUUUUAGGAGGUGUCCCUCCAGAGUGACCUGACGGAAGUCUUGAAUUUGGAAAUUGGGUUCUGCUCACUCGGACAUCCCAACAUCACGGACCCUUGCUGCUCCCUGUUCCAAUUGCUCGCAAUCUCAACUAUUUGGAAACCGCCAGGAAUGCUUUCUAAUUAUCAUUCGCAACUAGAACUGUAAUCAGAAAGAAAUUUUGUAUUUUUGUAUAACUCGAUUGUGUGCCAUUUUAUAUAACAGGUCCUGUUUUACAAAUAAAUUUUGUUUUACUAACA